AUGGAUUUUCUGGUGGAUGCAAAUUAUACAACAGUGACACAGUUCAUUUUACUUGGUUUAACAGAUGACCCAGUCCUUCGAGUCAUCCUCUUCAUCAUCAUCCUGUGCAUCUACCUGGUGACCCUGUCUGGAAACCUCAGCACAAUCCUGCUAAUCAGAACCUCUCCUCAGCUCCAGCACCCCAUGUACUUUUUUCUGAGCCACUUGGCUUCUACUGACAUUGGCUACUCAUCCUCUGUCACACCCAAUAUGUUAGUUAAUUUCCUAGGGGAGAGAAAAAACAUCUCCUACCUUGGCUGUGCUAUCCAGCUUGGCUCAGCCGCUUUCUUUGGGACAGUUGAGUGCUACCUUCUGGCUGUCAUGGCUUAUGAUCGCUUUGUGGCAAUCUGUAGCCCACUGCUUUAUUCAACCAAAAUGUCCACACAAGUCUGUGUUCAGUUGCUCAUAGGAGCUUACACAGGUGGUUUUCUUAAUGCUUUCUCUUUUACCAUUUCUUUUUUUAGUUUUCUCUUCCGUGGACCAAAUAGAAUCAAUCAUUUUUUCUGUGAUUUUACUCCUUUAGUUGAACUCUCAUGUUCUGAUGACAGUGUCUCUAUCAUUCUUGACACUGUUUCUGUUGGCUUCGCCAUUAUGUUCACAGUGCUAGUCAUAGCUGUCUCCUAUAUCUACAUCCUCAUCACCAUCACGAAGAUGCACUCCACUGGGGGCCGGCAGAAGGCCUUCUCUACCUGCACCUCCCACCUCACUGCAGUCACUCUGUUCUAUGGGACCAUCAUGUUCAUUUAUGUGAUGCCCAAAUCCUGCUACUCCAUUGACCAGAACAAGGUGGUGUCUGUUUUCUACAUGGUGGUGAUCCCAAUGUUGAACCCACUCAUCUAUAGUUUGAAGAAUAAUGAAAUUAAGGGAGCUCUGAAGAGAGAAUUUGAUAGAAAAAAUAGUUUCUUAGAUAUGUCUGUUAUUUUGUGGGUCUUUAUUUAG